AUGGCUUCAGCAUCGAGCUCUGUCCCGCUGGGGCGGCUGCCGGACAAUAAUCGGAUCGCACCAGUCUUUGGCUUUCCUUUAGGCAACCAUGCUUCUCCAGUCACGGAGAAUCAGAGGAGUGUCACUACAGAGAUGCAGGUCGGCAUCGAGCUCACAAACAUGACAAGUCCUGGUUUGGAAGUUGUGUCGCUAGCAAAGGGGAACGACCGAGGGACUACGUACGGUGGGUAA